AUGAGGAGCUUGGGGCUAGACACGGUUAAGGGAGACAAUUUGCAGGGAAAAUCAACAAAAGACUUGAUAGACUAUGACAACACAGAGUAUGUCUCCACCUUCUGUGAGCGAUCAGCCCUGAAGCUGCUAAAAAGUCACGGCUGUGUUUUCAUCCAAGGAAGGUCAGGAACAGGGAAAUCAAGACUGGGACUGAGACUACUGGCCGACAUAUCCACACAGGAAGGGCGAGUGCCAGUUAUAUUAACAUCCCCUAAACAAUGGAAGUUGAUACCACAAAGGAAGGGGCAAGGGACGCAGAAGUACAGCGUGAUGUUAGACAAUAUCUUUGGAUCCAAGGCUUUGCUGAACGGAAAUCAUUAUGUUGUGCGGCAGCUGGCUGACACCUUACAGGAGUUCCGAUGUCCAAAGUUUGAAAUUCUGAAGCUGUUGAUGGAGGCUGGCAGUGACAUGAAUCAGGUUGAUACAAAAUACAAGCCUAUCAUCUACAGAUGCGCUGAGGCUGGUGAUUUGGCAGGUGUGAAGCUCUUGAGCAGCAGAGGCGCGGAUCUGAAUGUUGAUGUACAAAGAUAUGCAUUAAAAGUCUGCAAAAGAGUUGUUCAUGUGGUUUGCCGGAAUUCCGAUGUUGAUGUUUUGAAGGCUAUCUGUGAAUAUGGUGCUACCCUUGAUGUUGUUGAUUUCGAUGGGGAAACUGUAUUACAUAAGGCAGCUGGAUCCAGCAUUGAUGCUGUAGAGAAACUCAAAUAUCUCCUUGACGUCAAACAGAUACCUCUUGAUGUGACAGACAAUGGUUGGAGGUCAGCCUUGUUUCCAGCACUGAGGUCAGCUGUAAUGACAAAAGACAUGGAGGCAUUUGAUUUCCUGGCUGACAGAGGAUUGGAUGUAAAUCAGAGGGAUUAUCUUGGAAACAAUCUGUUGUUGGACCUAUUCUUUCCUAAUAGGGUUAGCAUGAUAGAUAUCACGAAACCACCAUCAGUUGAUUUCAUAAAGUUACUGCUGGCAAAACGUAUUUCUCCUGAUGCACAAAAUAACUUUGGAAAAACAUUGCUCCACUAUGCAGUUGAGAUGGAAAACGUGGAUAUGGUUAGCACUCUAAUCAGCGAAGGUGUUGAUCCAUGUGUCGAAGAUGCAGAAGGUAAGACUGUCCUUCAUUAUGUCGCAAAAAGGAAGUGUAAACAUAAGUAUAUUAAGCUUCUACUUGACAAUGGUGUUGAUCCAUCUGUCAAAGAUGCAAAGGAACGAACAGCCCUUCACUAUGCUUCACGGACAGAUAAUUUGGACAGUGUAAAGUUAUUGUUAGAACGGGGCAUUGAUCCAUGUCUACAAGACCACAAGUAUGAAACAGCCCUACAUUGUGCAACAAAAGUGGGACAUUCUGCAAUAGUCGAGCUACUUCUUAAAUAUGGUGCUGAACCCAAUAUUAAAGAUCAGUUCCUGAGAGAUUGUCUGCAUAUUGCAGCAGCACUUCCAAACAAGGACAUCAUUGUGAUGCUGCUUGGUAAAGGAGCUGAUCCAAGUGUUCAAAAUAUCUUUGGUCAGACGGUUCUUCACUGUGCAGCCUUGAGACCAAAUGUUGACAUUAUUCGGAUGUUCUUAGACAUUGGAACAGAUGCAAAUAUUCAAGAUCACUAUGGAAUGACAGCCCUUCACUAUGUUGCAGAGAAUUGUGAUGACAACAACGUUCGACUGCUACUUGAGAAAGGUGCUAAGGCAGGUUUAACAGACCAUAAAGGGAUGACUGCCCUUCAUAUUGCAUCCAUUGAUUGUAACACUAGCAUUGUAAAGCUACUCUUAGAUACACUGGCAGAUCCCUGCAUACAGGACAAGCAGGGCAGAACUCCACUUCACUAUGCAUCAGAACUGGAAGUCAAUGAUACUAUGAAACUACUCCUAGAAAAUGGUGCUGUUCUUUCCACACAAGACGAUCAAGGGAAAACUCCACUACACAUCGCUGUACAACAUCAACAUCACGCUAAAGUCAGCCUCCUUUUGGACAAUGGUGCUGACUUGGGUAUAGUAGAUAAGCUUGGCAAGACUCCCCUACACUAUGCUGAAAGUAUGUGCACUGCAAAGCAACUUCUCGAUAACGGGGCUGAUCCAUGCACCAUAGAUCAACAUGGCAAAACGGCACUUCACUACACAACAGAACGUGGUUUCGAAGAGGUUAUGAAACUUCUCCUACAUGCAGGUGCUGAUCCAAACAUCAGAGAUGAGCACGGCAAAACAGCUCUUCAUUAUGCAACACAUGUGAGGCAGCAGGGUUUGCGUGCACACUACUCAUCAAGCAACUGGAUUAGUGAUGUUAGACUUCUCUUACAAUCAGGUGCUGAUGCAGGCAAACAAGACAACCAUGGCAAAACGGCUUUUCACGUUGCAGUUGAACAUGCUUGUAGUGAGGGUGUUAGAUUUUUCCUGCAUUCAGAUUUGGAUAUAAAUAUACAAGAUCAGCAGGGCAAAACUGCUUUGCACUAUGCUGCAAAGAGGGAGAGUAGUGAAUUCGUAUAUAUGCUUCAAAAGAAAGGUGCUGAUUCAUCAAUUAAGGAUAACCAAGACAGAAUAGCCCUUCACUAUGCAUUAGGUGGACCUGAUAUAAGGACAGUUCAGUUACUUUCAGGCAACGAUGACGAAACACAUAUGAAAGACAAUAUUGGAAAGACGGCUCUUCAUUUUGCGGCAGAAAGUAACAAUAGUGACAUUGUAAAGUUUGUUUUAGAGAAAGGUUUAAAAGUUAAUCUGCAAGACGAACAUGGAACAACAGCUCUUCACCAUGCAGCAAGGGUUGGAAACGUUACUAGUAUCAAGCUACUCUUGCAGAAUGGCGCCAGUCCUUUCAUACCAGACCACCAGAGUAAAACAGUUCUUCACUUUGCUGCAGAGAGUCCAUAUUAUAACAGACUUGAGUUGCUUUUGGAAGUUGGUUUGGACAUGGAUGCACAAGAUCAAAGUGGGAAAUCAGCACUGCACUAUGCAGCCCAGAGAGGACACGCCAUUGGGGCACUCUUAGGCAGAGGUGCUAAUCCAUGCAUACGAGAUAAUCUGGGGAGGAUACCUCUACACUAUGCGGCCCAGAUUAGGCAUUCUAAAGGCAUUGAGUUACUCUUAGAAAAAGGAGUAUCGUUACAGGACCAGAAGGGAAAAACAUCUCUUCAUUAUGCAGCAAGGAGUGGACUCUGUGACAACAUUGAGUUUCUCCUAAACAAAUGUGCUGAUACAUGCAUACAGGAUGACUUAGGACGAACCGCUCUUCAUUGCGCAGCUAUGACUCUCGUGAAAGUUGAGUCUGAAGAUGCAGCUGAAGAUGCAGAUGAAGAUGCAUGUGAUUAUGCAACUGUGCAUUUACCUGAUCUCAAACGCUGUGUUAAAAAGCUGCUACUGAAAGGUGCCGAUCCCUGUUUAAAGGAUCAACAAGGCAGGACACCUCUUCACUUUGCUGUUCAGAGUAGUGAGCGUGUCAUCAUCGAGCUUCUCCUUCAGAAGCAAGCUGACCCUUGUGCAAGAGAUGAACGAGGCAGGACACCACUGCACUAUGCAGCUGAGAGUGGGGCAUUCCGCAGCAUACGUCUUCUUCUACAGAAAGGUGCUGACCUCUGCGCAAAGGAUGAACGAGGCAGGACACCGCUGCACUAUGCAGGUGAGAGUGGGGCAUCCGGCAGCAUACGUCUUCUUCUAUGGAAAGGUGCUGACCUCCGUGCAAAGGAUGUACAAGGCAUGACACCCCUUCACUGUGCAGCUCGGGGUGGGGCGUUGGAGAGUGUAAGUCUUCUCCUCAAGAACGGUUCUGAUCACUGCGCCAAAUGUGAGCAAGGCAAAACGCCACUUCACUAUGUAGCUCCGGGUGAGAACUAUGACAGAAUAAGGCUUCUACUGCAGUAAGAUAUCGAUGUCAGAAAAGUUACAGACAAUGCCAUGUGGCGUAGUUGACGAUCAGGAUUCAUCGGAGACUGCAGUGAGAGCUAAUAUCACCCUUUCCCAGGCCCCAAACACCCUCCCCCAGGCCCCACUCACCCUCUCCCAGGCCCCUCUUAUCCUCUCCCAGGCCCCGCUCAUCCUCUCCAAGGCCACGGUCAUCCUCUCCAAGGCCCCACCCACUCUCUCCAAGGCCCCACCCACCCUCACCCUGGGCCAACUCACCCUCUUC